AUGAAUUUUAAAGUAUAUCAAGGCAAAGAAGAACUAGUGAAUUCUAGUUUUGAAAAAUAUGGACUUGGGGAACGUGUGGUACUAGAACUAACAGAACGUUUGUGGAAUCAAAACCGAGAGCUUUAUUUUGAUAAUUAUUUUUCAUCUACAUUGUUAAUUCAAAAGCUGAAAGUUGAAAAAACACUGGGCUGUGGAACAAUUAGAUUAAAUCGAAAAGGGUUACCGUCAGAAAUUACAUCUGAUAAAACACUAAAUCGAGGUGACCACGAUUCCAAAUAUUUGUCAGAUGGAACUGCAUUUUUUAAGUGGAGGGACAGUAAGCCGGUACAUAUCAUUUCAAACUUCCAUGGAUCUGAAACGACAACUGUUACAAGGAAAGAAAAAAAUGGCACAUCACAUCCAGUUCCAUGUCCUACAGCAGUUGCUGAUUAUAAUCGGUUCAUGGGUGGAGUGGAUUUGGCAGACCGUUUUAGGGCAUUAUAUAAUGUGGAAAGGAAAUCACGUAAAUGGUGGCACCGUAUGUUUUUUGGUCUUAUAGACAUAUUGUUUGUAAACUCAUAUAUAGUUUAUUGUGAUUUAUUUGAGAAAAUAUCUGUUUUGCAAUUUCGGAGAGCCGUUGCACAAGGGCUUUUAACAAAUAAACAAAUAAAAAAAACCAGUCACCACAAACACCAAUAA